GGAUUCCGUGCCCUGGACUGCGAGUCGGUGAAGCAUUACGUGGCCGCCCGACCUGCAUUGCAGCAGAGGGUGGGACCUGCGGACAGUGUGGAGAGCUGGCGCGUCAAGGAGGUGGGCGACGGCAACAUCAACUUUGUGUUCAUCCUGGAGGGCCCCGCCGGCUCCCUCUGCGUCAAGCAAGCCCUGCCGUACGUUCGUUGCGUGGGGGAGUCCUGGCCGCUAACCCAAGACCGCGUGCGGAUCGAAGCAGCGGCGCUGGCAGAGGAGGCGGCCUGGGUGCCCGCGCACGUGCCUGCCGUACACCUGUACGAUAAGGACAUGGCGUUGAUCGCGAUGCGCUACUUGGCGCCGCCCUUUAUCAUUCUGCGUCGGGGAUUAAUGGGUGGAGCGGUGUAUCCUGGUUUGGCGGGGCAUCUGGCGACGUUUUUGGCGGGAACGUUGUUUCACACGUCGCUCAUUAAACUGGACAGCAGCACGUUCAGGCGUAAGGUGGCUGAGUUUGAGAAUGAUGAGAUGUGCCGCUUGACGGAGCAGGUCAUAUUCACGGAGCCGUAUUACAAAGCGAAGAACAACAGGUGGACCAGCCCUCAGCUCGAUGCUGAUGUGGCUGAGCUGCAGUCUGACGUGGCGGCUCGCGUGGCGGCCUGCGAGCUCAAGGGGCUGUUUUGCAGCCGACCACAAGCUCUACUUCACGGAGACUUGCACACCGGCUCCAUCAUGGUCACUGACUCCGAAACCAGUGUCAUCGACCCGGAGUUUGCAUUCUAUGGACCCAUGGCCUUUGACGUCGGCAAGAUUCUGGCGAACCUGCUUCUGGCGUACUUUGCAUCGGAUGGCCAGGAGAAGGACCCCGGGGAGAGGGAGGCGCAGCGGGGUUGGUUGUUGUCCUGCAUGGUGGAUACCUGGACGGGUUUCUCCACCGCCUUCACUCAGAUGUGGUCGCUUCACGGCGCCCGUGGGGACUUGUACCCGGGUGUGCUGACGGAGGCGCCAGGUGGGGAUGGUGUCGGCAGCAGCGGUGCGGAGGAGGUGUUGGCGGCCUGCCAGGAGGGCUUUAUGCGGCAGCUUUUCCACGAGACGGUGAAGUUCAUGGGUGCGUUCCUGAUCCGGCGGCUGGUGGGUAUCGCCCACGUGGCGGAUAUGGACUCCAUUGCGGACCCCGACGUGCGGGCGGCGUGUGAGCGGCGUGCGUUG